AUGGACGACAACAUCAACAACAAGGCGGGGGAGGAGCAUGGCUGGUUUGGUGAUUUUGCUUUGGCCACACGUAAGAUGCUUGCGCAUAUCAUAUUUCUCUUGCAUCGUGCUGAUAUAAGCAGUCUCCGCCAUCCAAGGCGAUGCUGCAGCGACCUCUUCGAACACCACGUCGAUCGAACCUACCACUGUCUCCAACGACGCUCAAGGCCAGGUCUCCCAUAUACCUUUACGGUCUUCCCAGAUCUCCCUGCCGAACUUCGUCUCAAGAUAUGGGAGCUGGCUCUACCCAGACCCCGCCUCGUGGAGCUCAAAUUCUGGAACAAAAAGGAGGUCCACGUAGAAUGUUUCAGCAAAGAUGCGUUAUUCUCCAUGGUCCUCCUGGAUGUUUGCAAGGAGUCAUCACGCGUCUUUCGUCAGAAUUAUAGCAACUCAGCGAUUACUUUGUCGGACUUUCGUCCAUCGAAUCUGGAUCCCACGAAGGGAUUGGUACAACACGGAUACAUUGGCUUGGAGAGGGAUAUCCUCUAUUUCGACCCAAAUGCCUUCAAUGAAUUCCUCAGAGGCAACAACUUUGGUUUGAAGGUGGCCGGCCUAAAGUCAUUGGCAAUCGCAUCUCGUGAGUGGACGACAGUGUUGAUUCUGCAGAAAGCGUUUGGACAAUCUGCAUUUCCAAGUCUCAAGCAUCUCACAAUCGUGUUGAAUGAAGUCGCUCUUCAGGUUGAACACAUCGAAUUGGGGUCGAAAAGCAACACUUUCUCUUUGGUCACUAGCCCUCCAACCGACGAUUCUACCCUCAUGAUGGCAACGUUCGACUUCGAGCUCGCAAAGGUUUCCAAGGCGAUAUUUGAUCGGGUCAACAAUUACGAAGGCAGCAUUCAGACGGCGACUGUCAUAGGAAGGGACUCAAACUGUUCUUGGAUUUUCUUCGCGUCACAAGAGUCCUAUCUCCUAGCGAGAGUCGCGGAAGGGCUGCUUCGGGAAACAGUCAAACGUGAGAAGAACAUAAAUUGUACGAGAGAGAGAGAACGAUACAACAGCAACAAAAGGUGUUGCAAUUGA